AUGCAAUCCAAAUUGGAACGUCCAAUUUCGCAGUAUUCCUACUUUUAUUAUGAUGGUCGAAGUCAAACAAUUGCGGCGAACAGACGUUGUAAAGGUCAGAAUAUUCUUGAAUUCGGCUUUUUUCUCUUCAGUGUUGCAUGCGAAAACGUUCUCGAACGUGGUAACUCGACAAACACAAUGAGCAGCGAUUGUAGCAGUGCAGAUACUGACGGACCCCCAGAGACAAAACGAUUUCGGAUUGAUAUGAAUACUCAGGCCGGCCUCGAUGUUCCAUCAGUCUCCACUAACUGUGCAGUCGGCGGUGAAGCAUCCCAAGACGGACAGUCCCCCGCAGGUCCCUCUUCAGCCAGCUAUCGUUCCUCUAACAGCAGUGUCAUCUCAUCAUCAGAAUCACCGAACAAAGUAGAAGACGUUGAUGUUGGGCCUGAAGAGGAGGAUGAACCAGAAGACAUGGAAAUGGAUGGGAAUGAUAUUGGAGCUACUGGAACCAUUGUCAACAAUUCGGAGAUUUUUGAAAUGCUCAACAAAACCUUUGGAGGAGUUUUCAAUUGUGAUCUGGAGGGAAUCAUGCGACCAAAUGCACUUUUACACUCAUCCUCUCCACCUACACCAGUUCAGUCAGUUGUUCCUGGAGCAAUCACAGUGGCUCAGAGCCCAGCAGCUCAACUCUUCGCAAAUGAUGACUGGAGUUGGCAUCGGAAUCCAGCUGCAUCGAUUCGUAGUGGUGGAACUAACAAACAAACUCCUGUCUGGAAAUACUUUGUCUACAAUAAGGCUGAAAACUUGAGCAGAUGCAUCGUUGGAGAUUGUACGUACAUGUUGAAAGGACCACAUACGUCUACUUUGGCAUGCCAUUUGAAGAAACACACUCGGGAAUAUUCAGAGUUCCAAAAACUCAAGACCGAAUAUUCUCGCACAAAGUUGGACCAAGUUCCGAAGAUUCCAGACGGAGCUCCUCAUCCAUUGACUCUUCAAACUCAGAAUGGUACAAGACAAACUGGAUCUCCUGCAUCAACAUGCAAUACAAAUACCAAUUCUUCUUCAUCUGCUUCCUCUGGAUCUGCAUCUGGACCUACUUCUGGAUCCAAUUCUACUAUGGAUUUGAGCAUGAAGAAACCAAAAAAGGAACCGAGUUCUACCAAAUUAAACGAGAUGUUGUUGAAUGGUCUUCGUCAAGUUUCCGCCACCAAUUCGACUGGAUCCCCGCCAACUACUCCCCAGCAGCCUCCUCCAAUGAUGCCAAACUUUGUGACCAAUAUGAUGCUCCAGAUGAAUCCAUUGCACAUGAUGUUGGCUCAGACACUUCCAGCUGCCAAUCCACCAACCUCUACAAGUGCGACGAACACUGGAUUGAAUGCUCUUCAACAAGCCGGAUUUGCUCUGGCUGCUAAUGGACAAAUCAUUCAGUCAAAGAAAUGGAGAAACGAUGAGAAGAAGCAGAAAGAGCUUUCUUCGAAACUCGCUUUGGCACUUGCCACGUCACACAUCGAUCCGGAAAUCCUCCAAAAUCCAUUGUGGAAAGAGUUCUUUGAAAUGGCCCAGCCGAAAUUCACAAUUCCAACUGGUUCUCAAUAUGAAACCAUUGUGAAUUCAUUUGCUCAGAAAUUGGUCCAAUCUGUGAAAUCCCAACUUUCCACCACCAAAAAACUCAAUCUUCUGCUCGAUAUCACCAAGAUAACAGCUGAUAUUUCACGAGUAACAAUAUCAGCCGCGAUUCCUGUUGGAUCUGGAAACAGCUAUGAUACUCAAGUGAUUCUUCUUGCUUUCCGUAAUAUCGGCGGAACUCAAUCAGAAGAUUUGAACGCAGUUUUUGUGAAAGUUCUGGAAGACUACAGUAUCUCUCCAUCGUCGAUAAAUCGUGUCAUUUGUUCUGGGCUCAAUGAAAUCACCGAAAAUACUGAACUUCCGAAACAAAUGGAAUCAUUCUCCUCUCGACUUUCCCAUUGCUUCCAUACAUGGAUCAAAUCAUCUCCAACUCUUGAAUCUCUCCGAAAGAAUAUUUUCACCAUGGUUUUCUCCUAUCUCACAGCUCCAGGUGCAAUGCAACGUGCCAGUCAAAUGCUGAAGACCAAAUUCGAGUUGCCUGUGACCGAGAGCUUCAGUUUCAUAAUCGAAGAUCUUCUCACCCAUCGGGAAAUCUACCAAUUGAAAAUGGAAGGUCUUCAGCCAAUUUCAGAUCGCGAAUGGAACAAAGUUAUUGGAAUCCACAGUAUCAUGAACAUCUUCAAACCACUGAUGAACUACACAACAGAAAUGACUACUGUGGAUACAGUAAUCCCAACAAUUGUUCAAAUCAAAAAUGUUCUAGAAAAGGAUGUCUAUCAACUUGGAGAAAUCGGUUCGGAUCUUUUGUCGUCUUUGAAACAAACGGUCGCAUUUAUCAUGGAUCCAGAACACGAGCAGUUCGAUUCCACAUACAUUCAGGCGACUGCUCUGAAUCCACAAAUGGCUGUAACUCUGAACUCGGAUCAAAUGUCACUCGCCAAAUCACUAAUCGAAUCAGAAAUCUCGAAGAGAUCCAAGAAUUUGAAGAAGGUUCAAAAUGUGAAGAAACUUGCAAUGGGAGUAGAUUCGUUGCUUGCCAAUGUCCUGAAAAAAGGAGAUGGAUCCGAUGGAGGAGCAUGUGAUGCAUUGUCCAUUUAUGGAGAUUUAUUCCAAUCAAUCACUGCCGGAAAUAGCUCUGAAUCGAAGGAGAAUGUUGUGAAUCAAUACUUUGAUGAAAUUUCCACUGCGAAUUCCGUCGAGAGUAUGUUCAUGCUUCGAACCUUCGGAAAUCCGAUGCAAGCCCCACUGUCCUAUUGGAAAUCGUGCUCUUCUCGAUGCUCCGAACUCUCCGAACUUGCCACCGAACUCCUCUCAAUCCCAAUUUUUACUCUUACUACUGAAAAAGUUCUAAGCUUCUCUCCUUCUUCAUCCACAUUGAAUACUAAUCUUAUCCUUACCAAUUUGAAUUCUUGUGAGCAAUUUGAAAAACAAUUACUACUCCGUUUCAACCGUCAAAUUGUUGCUAAACUCUUCAGUUAG